GGGUUCACCCAGCGUUAGCUUGCUCCUUCGGUGGUGUUUUGGUCCAGUUGGCGCUGCUCCUCACUCGCCAAAAUGACAGCGAGGAAGUCUGGCUCACGACUGGAGACAGAGAUAGAGCGAUGCCGCUCGGAGGCCCAGUGGGAUAAGAUUCCAGAGUUGGUGCGACAGCUCUCGGCUAAACUGAUAUCAAACGAUGACCUGGGUGAGCUGCUGUUGGGUGAAUGUAAGCUGCAGACGUACCUGAAGGAGAAUCCCAUCAAGCAAGGUACAAGUCCCAGGGUCCAACGGCCAAAACUGCUGGAGGUCAGGAAGCAUCUCACUGCUGCUCUGGACAGAGGAAACCUGAAGCCGGAUUACAUCCAGGAAGCCAGCCUGUUAAUGGCCAAACUGUGCUAUGUGGAGGGAGAAUACAAAGAUGCUUUAGGGCACUACAGCAAGGUGAACCUGGAUGAUAUGCAGCUGGCUGGAGCUCCUGUGUACAGGCUGUCUAUGAUAGCAGAGUCUUAUGCGACUAAAGGUUUGUGCCUAGAGAAAGUCCCAGCUGCUUCGCCGUCUCUAUCCAAUAAGAACGCCGGGUCUCCGGCGUCCAACAGAAGCAUGACCGAGCGGGAGCAGGAGAUCAUCACCUGCUACGAAAAGUCUGGAGACAUCGCUUUGCUCUAUCUGCAGGAGGCCGAGAAGGCGUUGUCAGCAGGGAUUCAGAACCGCAGUCCAAAACCUGGCCCGACAGCUCAGGACCAGGAGCUGGGCUACUUCCUAGAGACGGGCCUUCAGAGAGCCCAUGUCAUCCAUUUCAAGAAUGGCAACCUGACACAAGGUGUGGGCAGGUUUCGAGAGAUUCUUCGGGCUAUUGAGACCAGAACCACCCAGAACCUACGAAUGACCAUAGCCAGACAGCUUGCAGAGAUCUUGCUCAGAGGAAUGUGUGAACAGAGUUACUGGUCUCCUGUUGAAGACCCACCCGUUGUGUCGCCCCUGGACGAUCCGACACGCCAAGGACACACUCAUAGCAAGAGCUACAGCCUAAGCCGACGCCCACGAGUGUACUCGGGAGAGAAUCUGUUUUGCCCUCAGGAGAACACAGAAGAAGCCUUGCUGCUGCUGCUCAUCAGUGAAUCCAUGGCCAACCGUGACGCCGUCCUAAGCAGAAUUCCCGAACACAACAACGAUCGGAUCAUCAGUCUGCAGUCGGCCUCGGUGGUGUAUGACCUGCUGACUAUAGCUCUGGGCAGGAGAGGGCAGUAUGAGAUGUUGUCAGAGUGUUUGGAGAGAGCCAUGAAGUUCGCCUUUGAGGAGUUCCACUUGUGGUAUCAGCUCGCCUUGUCGCUGAUGGCAGCAGGCAAAUCAGCUCGUGCCGUUAAGGUUCUCAAGGAGUGUAUCCGCCUGAAGCCCGAUGACCCCACCAUCCCGCUGCUGGCCGUAAAGCUGUGCAUCGGACCUCUGCACUGGCUGGAUGAAGGAGAAUGCUUUGCAAAGAUGGUGAUUGACAUGGGAGAGAAAGCAGCUGAAUUCAGAGCCAAAGGCUACUUGGCAAUAGGUUUGGUUUACAGCCUCAAAGCCACUGAUGCGUCAUUGCGGAGCACACAGGAGGAAUACCAGAGGAAAGCUUUGGGAGCCUUCCAGAGAGCUCAGAGUCUGUCUCCAACUGACCAUUUGGCAGCCUUCUACUUGGCGCUGCAGCUUGCCGUGUCCAGACAGAUCCCCGAGGCGCUAGGCUAUGUUCGACAGGCGCUGCAGCUUCAAGGAGAUGACGUCCACUCCCUUCACCUGCUGGCCCUGCUUCUCUCUGCCCAGAAACACUACCACGAUGCUCUCAAUAUCAUAGAGAUGGCUCUCUCCGAGUACCCCGAAAACUUCAAUCUGUUGUAUACCAAGGUCAAACUGGAGGCUAUGUGUAGAGGACCCGAAGAAGCUCUGCUCACCUGUAAACACAUGCUGCAGAUCUGGAAGAGCUUUUACAACCUUACCAACCCCAGUCUGUGGAGUGACUUCUUUGUGAAGAACUUGGGAAUUUUCUGCAAAUAUCCAAAGGAUGUGGCAUUUACGCCCGUUCCCGAGUGCCGCUCCCAGUGCCAACCUGAUUCGGGGCGUGGCAGCAGUCUGUUGGAUAGAGCCAUAGCAGACAGGCGACAGCUCAACGCUAUGACCCUGCCUGACUUCAGUGACCCUGAGACUGUCUCAGGUUCUUCCUCUUCGCUCUCUGGUUUCGAACCAGUCUCCCCCACCUCCCCCUCCACCAUUUCCACCGUCUCCUCCCCACUGUCUUCCCCUUCUUCCCCUGUCUUCAUCUUCCAGCCUCCCCGUACUCCUCUGCCUCCACUCCGAAAACCAUCUUUCCGCUCUCCUCUUCCUUCCCUUCCCCCUUCCCUUCCUCCUCCUCCUCCACCUCCACGCACCAAGACCAGGACUCACUCCUUUUGCAACCAUGCCAUAGUCCGCCAGCUGUCCUCCAACUGCGGCCUUCAGGACGCUAACACUCUUGGUUUUUCCUCCAUGUUUUCUGUUUGUUCGGUGCACGCUACCUCCAUAGCAGCCAGUCGUGUGGAGCAGGCUCUAUCCGAAGUCGCCUCCUCCCUGCAGAGCAGUGCCCCCAAGCAUGGACCCCUGCACCCCUGGAUGACCCUGGCUCAGAUCUGGCUCCAUGCAGCUGAGGUGUACAUGGGCAUGUCAAAACCUGCUGAGGCCACGGCGUGCACACAGGAAGCCGCCAACCUCUUCCCCACAUCCCACAACGUCCUCUACAUGAGGGGGCAGAUAGCCGAGCUGAGGGGCAACAUAGACGAAGCCAAGCGGUGGUACGAGGAGGCCCUGUCCAUCAACCCCACUCAUGUCAAGACCAUGCAGAGACUGGGUCUGAUCCUGCACCAGCUGCAGCGUUACAGUCUGUCGGAAAAGGUGCUGAGAGACGCCGUGCAGGUCAACAGCACGGCUCACGACGUGUGGAACAGUCUCGGCGAGGUGUUGCAGGCUCAGGGAAACGCCGCUGCCGCCACUGAGUGUUUUCUCACCGCCUUGGAGCUGGAAGCCAGCAGCCCCAUCCUGCCCUUCACCAUCAUUCCCAGAGCGCUAUGAGAAAAACACACACACAGAGCAUGCCUGCAUGCCACUUCACAAACACACACACCUGUGAAAAGGUGAACUGCCAAACUCUCACACACACAUAAACUCAGAGUGUAUAUAGAAAUGCAAAUAGUACAAAUAAACAGGCUUCCCUCUGUCUACCCGUGCUUCCCACAAUGCCUUUCUGUGGCCGUGUCCCACGUCUAAGUGAGUGUGCGUCUCCUUCCCGCGCUACGUGUCGUCUCGUUCGUCAGAUUCAGUUCGAGUCAUUACUCUCAGAAGCCUGAAAGUUGUGUUUACAUGUUGUUUAGUCCAAAUAUACACACAUACACUCUGAGCAAUUUUAACAUAAAUGGAUUAGAUUUCCUUUAAAAGCCAAAUAUGCAUUUACUUGGUACUGUUCACAUCGAUGCAACAGAAAACAAUCUUUCAAAAGUGGAUGCAAGCGCCAAAAUCUGUCCGUCCUGUUUUGUUUUUUUGGUUUUUUUUAAUGAUGACUUACUGAAUUCAGCAAGGUGAGAGACCACCAUACAAUUUAGAGCCACCAGUGAACCUGUUUUCAGUGGUUUCAUGCCUUUAUUUUUUAAUCCCUCUCCAGAAUUGAAGCUAAAAUCUUGUUUUUCUACAGUUGACUUUGAGCAUCAUCUGUGACAGAAACGAGCACUGGUGCCCUGCAUCUUUUCUGCUUUCUGAUAAUUCAUCAGAUAAAACUUUUUCUAGUCUCUGUGUUCUGCCCUCACCUGGUUUAGUCAGUGGUAAAUAUUGCAGUAUGUAUAUGCUUGUUUGUUUAACACUACAAAAACUCAAUCCCAUUUUAUAUGCACACACAAACACUAUAGAUCAGCAGCAGAUCGAGCUGGGGUCAAACCACUGAUGAGUAUUGCCUUCACUGUACUGUAGCCCUGCACCAGUGUUAGCAUUGUUAAAAUCUGAAGACAGGAACCCACUAUAGUAAAUUCAGACUUCUGAGUGGUCAAUCGUGUUUGACUCGACACCAAGAUCAUUUUCCAAAAGUAUCUGUGCCACUUUUUGGUGCUUGUAUCCACUCAGGAAAGAUGCUCAUGUAAUGUUAUCUGCUGCACUGCAUGGAGGGGGAUCGUUGUUACUGUAUACCUGGCUCAGGAUCAGCCGGGUCUUUAAGGUAUCCAGCGGAGCAUCGACGGACGUUCACUGAGAAAUAAAUCGGUGUAAAUGCCAAACCUCGGGUUGCAUUCGCCCUCACGGGAAAUCUGUUUUCCUGCAGCUGAUCUUAAAGUGUUUUUAUGAAGUUUUAAAGUGAAAAAAGUCAAAGUGCCACCUGGAGCAACUCAAACAGCAGCGACGUACGAUCUGCGGAAAACUGUUGGAAUCUGUGCCACAUCUUUCCUCCAGAAGUCAGAUUUCCUUGUUGAGCGCAAAAAUACACCCGCAGUGAUUGUGUUGUCUUUGUGUCCCAUCACCAGAUUAAUAUUUUUAUUUUGUUUUUGAUUAUAAAUACAAAGAAUUAUUGCUGUAUAUUUGAUUGUUCAACAAGUGUAUCAUUAUUAUUAUUAUUUUAGAGAGUAAAUUAUAACUAUUUUCUGGAGAAUGAUGUUGCUGAGAGAGAGCGAGGUAUGAAAGGAUAUCCUCCUGAGCUCAGGCAGUGAGUCCUUUGUGCUAUAAAUGAAUGAUGAUGAAGACCAAGAUAAUAAAAGUGGAUAAAAAGAA